UAACAUGCUUGGUCGCUGGCUAGUGUUUGCUUCCUGAGCAACACAUUGCAUCAGUGUAAACAAAACUUUGUUAAUGUGUAGUUGUGGUCAACUUUCACUUUGUUUAAUGUUAAUAUCGAUGCCAGUAGACAUCAACAACCUUGCAGAUGGCUGGCUUGAACUUGAGAGUGAUCCAGGUCGGAACUUAUUGCUAUCUUAACCUCCUCACCCCUCUUACAGCUUCCUGGCGAUGCAGGUGCUCUUCGUCCAAGGAGCUCUGUGACCCUAGUUUGUUCACACUACUUCUGGAAGACAUGGGAGUACGAGGGGUUCAAGUUGAGGAAAUAUACGACCUCCAGAAAUCAUUUGAAGGCAAAGUGUAUGGUUUUAUUUUUCUAUUCAGGUGGAUAGAGGAGAGACGCUCUAGAAGAAAAGUGGUAGAAAAUCCAGACAAUUAUGUUCAAGAUGAAAAUGUAGUCAACAAUAUGUUUUUUGCCCAACAAAUGGUGCCAAACAGUUGUGCUACACAUUCCUUAGUAUCUGUUCUUCUAAACUGCUCAACACUAGACCUGGGACCUACACUCUCUCGUCUGAAGAUACAUACAAUUGGGAUGAAUCCAGAAAACAAGGGAUGGGCAAUUGGUAAUACACCAGAAUUGGCAAAUGCUCACAACUCGCAUGCAGCUCCCCAGGCUCGUCGACGACCAGACAAAACUCCAGGAGUACCCACAAGCAGUCGGAUGUCCAAUGCAGAAACAUUUCAUUUUGUUUCUUAUGUUCCUGUUAGUGGCCGGCUCUUUGAAUUAGAUGGACUCAAGCCUUAUCCAAUUGAUCAUGGUCCAUGGUUAGGAGGAGAGGACUGGACAGAAAAAUUUCGUCGUGUCAUAACAGAGAGACUUGGUAUAGCUACAGGUGGAGAGCCCUAUCAUGAUAUUCGUUUUAAUCUUAUGGCAGUAGUACCUGAUAAAAUUACGGCCUACAGACGAAAACUUGCAGCUUUAAGGAGAAAUAGGGAAACCAUUUUGGAAGGCCUUCAUCAGUUUGUACGACAGAAAUAUCCACAGUACAUAGGCAAGGAGAAACCAGUACCCAUAAAUACACCACAUCCAGAUGAUGAUAUUGAAGAAGGUAACAACCUAUCACUGUUAGCGGUUGCAGCAUCUCAAAAGUUGGAGGCACAGGGUUAUGCUGACACUCCCUUGAGUGAAUCACAGGAUGCUGGUCAUGAGUCUAGGAUACAUCACACACCAGUCAAAAGAGAACACACAACUGAGCUCCUUGGUAUGCCAUCUGUGGGUAGGAUCUCUGCACCACCAGAUUAUGCCACGCCUUUAACCAUAGAGACAUCACCUGGUCCCCCUUCCACUCCAAGCACAGACACAGCAUCAGAGGCAGGAAGUGCAUUUAAUUCUCCACAGGUUAGCAGUGGUUCCAUGCAGAGUAGUCCAACCACCAGCUGUGAAUACCAGCACCUGGUUGUAGUACGUCUUACUGGUGCCACUCCUGCUGUUGUCCCAGUUGCUACCUCACCAUUCACAACAACUCUUCCUGUAACAUCCACUACUAAUCCAGCUGCAACUCCUACCAGCUUUUCUGGAAGAGUUGACAUACCAACAACAGGUGCAGAAACACUGCAUACUGUUGCUAAGAGACUGGAGUUUGAGGAUGGAAAUACUAACAAGUUUGCAACUGACGAAGAUCCUCAGACACCACUAACAAGCUGUGAUAACUCACCAGUGUUUGAUAGUGACAUCAAAAUGGAUCCCAUGUCACUUGAGCUAAUGGAAAGCUGUAAUAAUCAGACCUUGAGUUCAGAGAGUUAUGAAUCUAGUGGAUUAGGAUCAGACAUUAAUUUUAAGCAAGAAGUUAUUGAAAUAAAGGAGGAUUCAGAUAAUGAUACAAGAUAUAAAAGUGAUUGGGACUCAGAAUACACACAGUCCCUAGAAGAUGGAACAUAUGCACCCUCUGAUCUUCUUACACUUGUCAAUGUACUUGGAACAGAAAUAACAACGUGUGAAAAUUUGCUAAAGGAUGAACUUGAUAAAAGAAAACGCUACAAGAAACGUGAUACACCUACCAUCCGACUUACGACCUGCUCAACAUACGUCCACUUGACUUAUGACCGUGCAUCUGGCAGCUGGGCUGGGCCGGCUGAUGCACAACACUGUACAAUAUUUGACAAUACUCGCGGCGGCAAUGCGUCAUGCAGGCAGCAUCAGUUUGAGUAACCCUGCCCUAUCAGCAGGGUUAGUGUACUAACUGGACAGUAAAUUUCACCAUGGCCCCUAAGAUGAAGUCUGAAUCUUGCACUGGAGAUUGUGGCAAGAAAGACUUUUACUCUCAGACUCUAUUUGUUUUCACUGUUGCACAUAAACCUGUGUGUAUCUGUCUGCCUGUAUAUCUGUCUGUAUCUCUGUGUGUCUGUUUAUCUGUCUGUCUACUAGUGUGUCUUUCUGUCUACCUGUGUGUCUGUCUUUCUGUCUACCUGUGUGUCUGUCUUUCUGUCUACCUGUGUGUCUGUCUUUCUGUCUACCUGUGUCUUUCUGUCUACCUGUGUGUCUUUCUGUCUACUUGUGUCUGUCUUUCUGUCUACCUGUGUGUCUUUCUGUCUACCUGUGUGUCUUUCUGUCUACCUGUGUGUCUUUCUGUCUACCUGUGUCUGUCUUUAUGUCUACCUGUGUCUGUCUGUGUCUACCUGUGAGUCUGUCUUUGUCUGCUUGUCUGUCUCAGAGCCACUCAUUAAGAGUGUACUUGGUCUUGAAGACGCCAUAUUAAUAAUGAUAAUAACAAUAAUAAUCACUGAGGCGCAUUAAAUGUGUAUAAAACUUUAAUAUAGA